AUGAGUGCAUCUCUGCCUGAAACUGCAGAAAGAGUCGAGUACUGCUAUGACAAUUUGAAUGGAUCCUGUAUAAAAAUGCAGCGUUCAUCCAGUGUGAAAAUGUCUCUCUACAUUCUGUUUGGUUUUGGUGCAGUGCUUACAAUAAGUGGAAAUCUACUAGUAAUAAUUUCAAUCUCAUACUUCAAACAGCUGCACACUCCAACCAACAUUUUAGUCCUCUCACUGGCUGUAGCAGAUUUUCUGUUGGGACUUACUGUGCUGCCGUUCAGUAUUAUUAGGUCUGUUGAAACUUGUUGGUUCUUUGGGGAGUAUUUCUGUAGAUUUCACAGCUGCUUAGAUGGACUGUUUGGUAUUGCAUCUAUUUUUCAUCUGUGCUUUAUUUCUAUAGAUCGGUAUUUUGCUAUUACUAUCCCUUUAAAGUAUCCACUUAAAUUUACUAUGUCCUUUAUCAUCUGUUUAAUAUUAUCAGGAUGGAUAGUAGCAUUUGUUUACAUAUUUUCAGUACUAUACUUAAAAGCAAAUGAAGAAGGACUAGAUGAAUUUGUUACAGCUAUCUCAUGUUAUGGUAGCUGCCAGUUUAUAUUUAAUACUAAAUGGGGACUAAUCAAUUCUCUUAUCUUUUUUGUUCCUUGUUUCUUAAUGAUGUCACUUUAUACUAGGAUUUUUAUAGUUGCAAGAAAACAUGCCAGAAAAAUUGAAAUCAGUGAAAACAGAGUAAACAUUUCAAACAGUAGCAGCAAUAAAACUAUGAAAAGGGAGCAGAAAGCUGCUAAAACACUAGGGAUAGCUAUGGGUACAUUUGCAUUAUGCUGGCUGCCAUUUUUUAUUGACACAAUGAUUGACAGCUUUCUCAAUUUUAUUACACCUUCAUUUGCAUUUGACAUAAUUGUAUGGAUUGCCUAUUUUAAUUCAUCACUGAACCCUUUAAUCUAUGCUUUCUUCUAUCCUUGGUUUCGAAAUGCUACUAAGCUUAUAAUGACUUGCCAGAUUUUAACUGUUGAUUGCACUAAUAUGAAUAUAUUUGAUAAAUAG